CUGAUCCGCAGCGCCCCUGGGGCAGCCGGUCCCGCUGACCUUGCAGGUGCUGGCCCUGGGCCGGGGACCCGGUGGCACCAGGCACCGUGGGGCACAGGCCGCUGCAGCCGCCCACCCAUGGCCUCCUUCUUCACGGCCGCCCUGAAGAGCUUUCAGGGGGGCGAGGAGGAGCCGCCCAAGGGGCCCCCCAAGGAUGGCAAGGCGACCACGCUGCCCAACGGCAUGGCCCACGAAGAGUUUGAGGAGUACCAGCGGCAGCUGCUGGAGGAGAAGAUCGAGCGGGACAAAGCCUUUGCGCAGAGGAAGGCAGAACGGGCCACUGUGCGGAUGCACCUGCGAGACAAGUACCACCUGGCCCAGGACGAGCGGGACGAUGCUCAGCUGCACGUGGCUGGUGGCACGGUGGAGCUGCCGCAGGAGCUGGCCGCCAUGGUGCAGAGCGAGGAGGAGGAGGAGGAGGAGGAUGGUGGCGCUGGGGCCUUUGCCUUCCUGACGAAGCUGCGGGAGGUGGACCUGCCGGCGCUGCGGGACCGCGCGCUGGGCACUGUGGACGAGGUGAAGGAGAAGUGUGUCCUGAUGUAGCGUCGCUGCCCGCCCUGCCGGCAGGUGACAUCGGCAGCGUUGGGGUGCAGCCCCUGCUCCCCCCGCUGCCCCCCGGGAGUGACGGGAUGUGGGUGUUACGGCUUGCCGUUACCUGGGGGUGGGGUCCUAAUACAUGUGCUGGGGUGGGUUUUCUUCCCCAAAACCCUUCCCUGUUGCUUUUCCGGGGUGCACCGAGCGGGUGCUGGGAUGCAGGAUGGCUGGGUCCCCUCCAGCUGUGCUGGCCAAGCCCCUUCCCCUGGUGUCCCUGCUGUGAGCCCCCGGAUGGGGUGGCUGGUGGUCCCUGAUGCCCCGUCGCCCCCCAGGAACAAGCCCCGGGGCCUCAGGCAUCGUUUGGCUCAAUAAACACAGCAUUUGUCAGCGCCAUUCUGGUCUUUCUGCCAUACCCCUUGUCCGAACAAACCCUGUCCUGGGGGCGGGGUGGGGGAACAACACGAUGCCACCGCUGCCCCACGUGC